AUGGACGCGGCCAACCUUCUGAAACCCUCGCUUGCACGUGGUGAGCUGCAAGUGAUUGGGGCAACCACAGCAGAUGAGUACACGAAGCAUAUCGAGAAGGAUGCCGCGCUCGAGCGCCGAUUCCAGCGCGUGAACUGCGAGGAGCCCAAGGUGGCCGAGAGCAUCGAGGUCUUGGAGGGACUCCGCCCUGCGUACGAGGCCCAUCAUGGAGUUCUCCUGACACCAGAAGCUCUUCAGGCUGCUGUGCGGCUAUCGGACCGCUAUGUCAAUGACCGCUUCUUGCCAGACAAGGCGGUCGACCUGAUUGACGAGGCAAGCAGCUUGGCCCAGUGGCGGAUAGAGAUGGAGCUGGAGGAGGCGAACAACCAGGUCGAUCCGGGUGAACUGUCCAAGCCUCUAGUGACGGCACAAGAUGUUGCAACUGUUCUUGCAAAGUGGUCAGGCAUUCCUGUGGAGCGGCUUUCCGAGGGCGAGUCGGACCGGCUUAUGCGCCUCGAGGAGACGCUGGAGCAGCGCAUCAUUGGCCAGUCGCCUGCUGUCAGCGCCUUGUCGCGUGCAGUGCGACGAGCACGGAGUGGUCUGGCAGGAUCCAGCCGCCCGACAGCUUCGUUCUUCUUUGCUGGCCCAACAGGCGUUGGCAAGACGGAGCUGUGCCGGGUCUUGGCAGAGGAGUAUUACGCAGACCUCAAGGCCAUGGUGCGUCUUGACAUGAGCGAGUUCUCCGAGCCCCACAGCGUCUCGCGGCUUAUUGGGGCUCCGCCCGGCUAUGUCGGCUACGACGACCCUCGUAGUGGCCAGCUGACUGAGGCUGUGCGUCGACGACCAUACAGCGUCGUGGUCUUGGACGAGAUUGAGAAAGCCCACUCUGAGGUGCUCAACCUUCUCUUGCAAGUGCUGGAGGACGGACGCCUGACGGAUGGAAAGGGCAGAACCGUGAGUUUCUCCAACUCCAUUAUCGUGAUGACCUCUAACGUGGGAAGUCAAGAAAUUCUGCAGCAGGCUUCUGGUGUGGGCACUUAUGACCAGCUACGUGCAGCGGUCCAGCGGCAGUUGCAGCAGAAGUUCAGGCCGGAGUUUUUGAACCGCAUCGACGAGCUGCUCAUCUUCCGAGCGCUGUCAGAGAAGGAGUUCAAACAGAUUGUGCGACUGGUUCUAGGAAAUGCCAAAAAGCGAGCAACCUUGGCCUUCGAGGAGGCCGCCUUGCAGAGCGGGCGACCAGACACAGAAGCUUUGGAGCUCUCAUGGACGGCCGAAGUGGAGGAGGUCGUGCUGGCUUCCGGCUCCAAUGCGGUUUACGGCGCACGGCCUUUGCGACGUGCAGUACAGCGUGUCUUCGAGGAUCCGGUCGCAGAGUUCCUGGUUUCUGGGGCCUUGAGUCGGGGUGGGACUGCCACCGUCGAUGUGGACGGCGGGGACGUUGUGAUUCGGUACCGUGGCGAAACUUUGCGGCCGGCAUGUGCGGCCACAGUAACCACGGAGGCAUUGGUUGUUCCGCGAACCCAAGAGGUCAAGAAGAACAACAAGGUACCUUCUGCUGUUGCCGUGUCAUAG